GUGACAUCAUCGCUCCCACACCAACACUGUACCUUCUGGAACCUCCUCAAGCCCUCAUCCCUCUCGAUCCCUCCGUCUCCUAUAAAGCUGGGCCCUCCUCAACCCAUACACCUCCACACAAACAUCAUCUAUCCGCCACCGAUCACUCCCUGCACGCUCACAACCUCAUCACACAGAGAGAAGAGAGAUCAAGAAGAAGAAGAAGAAGCCAUGGCGGGCGAGAAGAAGGGCCUGCAGCUGCUGGACUUCUGGGUGAGCCCGUUCGGGCAGCGGUGCCGCAUCGCGCUGGCCGAGAAGGGCCUCCCCUACGAGUACCUGGAACAGGACCUGAGCAACAAGAGCGAGCUCCUCCUCCGCUCCAACCCCAUCCACAAGAAGAUCCCCGUGCUCCUCCACGACGGCCGCCCCGUCUGCGAGUCCCUCAUCAUCGUCCAGUACAUCGACGAGGCGUUCCCGGGGCAGGGCGCGCCGCUGCUCCCCGCCGACCCCUACGCGCGCGCGCAGGCCAGGUUCUGGGCCGACUACGUGGACAAGAAGGUCUACGACUGCGGGUCCCGGCUGUGGAAGCUCAAGGGCGAGGCCCAGCAGCAGGCGAGGAAGGAGAUGGUCGAGAUCCUCAAGACGCUGGAGGGCGCGCUCGGCGACGGCAAGUUCUUCGGCGGCGAGGCGUUCGGCUUCCUCGACGUCGCGUUCGUGCCCUUCACGGCGUGGUUCCUCACCUACGAGAGGUACGGGGAGUUCAGCGUGGAGGAGGAGUGCCCCAGGCUGGCGGCGUGGGCCAAGCGCUGCGCGGAGAGGGAGAGCGUCGCCAAGAACCUCUACCCGCCGGAGAAGGUCUACGAGUUCGUCGGCGGCAUGAAGAAGAGGCUCGGCAUCGAGUAGUGGGGAUCGAUGAGGAGUGAUGAAGGUUGCAGGUUCCAGUUGCAGCUGCUUCGCAUGUAGACGCGUGAUUGUGUUGUAGUGCUGCGUCAUUGGGUUGGUGUUGGUGGUGGCGUCUGUGAUGCAUGGACGCUCCUGUUCGUACGUGUCUUCGUUGUCGGUUGAGUUGUUUGUGUCAUUGGCGUGAGUCCGUGUUCGGUGUCCCGAUCCCGAAAAUGGCCUCCUGCACUCUAGCGUCCUGUACCAGAACUGAAUAAAGGUUUCCAUGGAUUUCUUGGUGUUA